AUGGCCGCCGCGGGGAGCGCCGGGCUCCUGCGCGCCUCCUGCGCGGCCCUCGGCGGCUCGGCCCGCCGCUGGCUGCUGGCGGUGGCCGGAGCGCGCGCGGGAGCCCGCGGGCGGCCGCUGAGCGUGUCUGCGCCGAGCAGCUCUGAAGAUAAGAUAACAGUCCACUUUAAAAAUCGUGAUGGUGAAACAUUAACAACCAAAGGAAAAGUUGGUGACUCUCUUCUAGAUGUUGUUAUUGAGAAUAAUCUAGAUAUUGAUGGUUUUGGUGCAUGUGAAGGAACUUUGGCUUGUUCUACCUGUCACCUUAUCUUUGAGGAUCACAUAUAUGAGAAAUUAGAUGCCAUCACUGAUGAGGAAAAUGACAUGCUUGAUCUGGCAUAUGGACUAACAGACAGAUCACGGUUGGGCUGCCAAGUCUGCUUGACCAAGGCUAUGGACAAUAUGACUGUUCGAGUACCUGAUGCAGUGGCUGAUGUUAGACAGUCUGUUGACAUGAGCAAGAAAUCCUAAGCUACAAUAAAAGGAGAUAUUUUCAUGAAAUUUUACCUAUUUUUAUAAUUAUUUCUCUAUAUAGCUAAAUGAGAACAUGGGUGCCUACGUUUAUUAUUAUGACCAAAUUUAUUAUUUUAAAUCAUCUUAUAUAACUAUUCAACUUUGUAGUAUUAACAGUUAGCAGUUUUUAUUUUGGUUAAAUUAUAAAAAUAUCAAUCAAAAUUUGAGGGUAGCUGAUAUGAUGGUCUUUAGUAAAAUGUUACCAUUUAAUUUUAUGCUCGCUUAUCUAGAAGGUAGGUUUAAGAAAAGCAUUAUUGUCCCUUUAUUUGGGUGAAGGUUGAACUCUAUCCUGGUUUGUCUAGAGCAAUGUAACUAACUAGAGAAAUCUGUCAUAGAACCUUUAUUAUUGUAAAUUUUAUUCUUAGAUGGACUGGAGAAUUUAAGAAGACCUUACUGAGGCUGGUAGGGACAGAAAGAGGAAGGUUGCAAGGUAGUUAAAUUGGAUGCAUUCAGAGAGCUUAUUACAGAGGCCAUCAUGUAAUUUCUUAGCCAGUAUCAUCACAAGACCACCCCAAACCAGCUGUGACCAGAAUUGCCUACCAGGACUGAGCUAGCUAUCUUUUGUUUUGUUGUAAUAGCAUAUCCAUUUCAUUAGCUUUGCACAAUUGCAUCAUCUUUGUGAUUAAUGACAUAUCCCCAAGCUGCAUUUAGGAUUCGAAAAGGGGAGAUUAAGGCUUAUUCAGGGGAAAUUUUUCCCAUUCUUGUAAUUAUCCAUACUGCCUUAAUUUAUGAAUAAUCUUUUCUACCUCUAAAAUUUGCCCUUAAGACAUUAUCAAAAACCCCAUGCUGCAUAUGCUUCUUGAAUAUGUACUUUUGCCUUAUAAUAAAAAAUUUCCCCUAGUUCUUUCUUAA